UGGUCACACAGAAGAGCCCCUCUCUACCCUCCCCUCCUGCGGUACUUUGCCUUCGAUUUUUAAUGCGAGAAGAGUUCAGCACUCUCUUCCCCCUGUGUACGCACGAACUAGCGCUAUCCACUAGGCCAGGAGCGGAAGCGAGAGAAAAACUCACUUUGCAAGAAAAGCUCGCUUCUUGCGCCGGGAUUCGAACCCCUGACCUGACCUCUAGAAGGUUUCGAGGUUACCGACUAGAUCACCAGGGCGACCGGCUGGUAGGAAUCGACCGCGUCGAGUGUUGGAUCAGUACGGACAUACGAAGGCUGGCCCCGAGGGGUCCGCAAGUCAAGAGAAAUCAACGACAGAUAUUAUUCUGGAAAUUCAAUCCUCCACUCCCUCUGCGCGCUAUGCGAGAUACGACCAAGAACACCAACAUCACGAUCGCGUUCGGGUGCAAGAGAACGACCGGGUUCUGCGCCACCCGGGAGAUCCGAGCGCCGCUCGCCUUGCGUAAGCCCCAACCGUGAGAAACUUCUUUCGCCAAGCCUGGCGAAUGUUUCGACCUUGAACGCGAUAAGUAAAGCGGAGCUGCAAGCAUGGGCAACACUGAGACACACAGUAGUGGACAAGGACAAGCAACAACCUCGUCAAUCGACAUCAACAGGGACACUCGAACGGGCUCGCCCAAACGAUGGUCUUACUGGAUAUCAACUGAACGUAGCAGGGUGGGCGCAGCAGCAGCAGGGUUCAGCAAGGUUAUUGCCGACCCCGUUGACGUCAUGGGGGAGAGAAACCGGUGGACAUCGUAGGACCGCCGAUGACUCGUGCGUCGGUGCAAACCGUGGGAGGAACUACAAUAAUAUUGAGAGAUGUGUUGGUGCAGGUCGACACGAGCUAGCUCGAGAUAGGGAUCUUGAUAUCAACAGGACGUAUCUCCAGGAGCUCGACGCUGUUCGUCAGAGGGAUAUCGAGAGGGGUCGUGAUAUUUCUAUUCGCUAUCUCCGCGAACACGCCAAACAGGCUAGGAAAGAAGAGAAAGCUUUCGCCAGGACGCUUUGGGCGGAAGCAAGGGCCAAUGAGGACAGCCAAAUCGAGAUGAUACACAAAGCGACCCGGUGGUCCCGAGACCUGGGCGAAAACACAUUGUAUGUGCCUCACCGAGUGAAGGGGAGGUUGCACGUCUUGAAGAUGGAGAACGGAGAUAAAGCGUCGAAAUUCGACCGUGAACAAGGGCGAGGCGGUUGCGGCUUGAGAUAUCUUGAUGAGUUCAGACCAACCAUUUCGAUCAACUCCUUUGUCAAGGGAGACUAUGCAAGAAACCACCUAAAGGCAAGGGGAUUUCAUCACGCAAGCUCUUGCGAGAUCGCCCUGGCGCAGCUAGCACUUGCCGUGAACUACACCAGCUGAUCAGGGAUACCGUCGAGCUUGUGGAUGUGCUGACCUCGCAGGCAGUAGAGCUAGAACAACAGGGGUGGAAUCGCCUGCCAGAACGAAGUCAGAUUGAUAAGCAAACGGGAU